AUGACUCCUCUUCCUCUUCCUCUGCCACGCGUGCCUCCACCACUCCAGCGCCCCGCCACCGACGCACCACCAUGCCACCGCGCCGCCGAGGAGCGUCGGGCUAUGCUCGGCCUCGGCACCUACGGGACGGCGCGCGAGGCCGCCCGCGCGUACGAUGCGGCGGCGUGGCGCCUAGGCAGGCCGCGCGGGCAGAUGAAUUUCCAGGACGUCUACACGCUCCAGCAGGCGCUGGACGUCGCCCCGCCGCCUCGUCUUAACACGGCACAAGACCGUGUGGAGCACGCUGAGCGGCAGCGCCGCCUCCUCGUCGCCCAGGAGGAUGAGCGGGUCAUGGCGGAGUGGCGCCGGCGCCACCCGAAGGACGUCGCCUACGAGCAAGUCUACUGGGCAAGGCGCCGCGAGGAGGACAUGUGA